AUGAAGACCUUUAUCUUUCUGGCUUUCCUAGGAGCUGCUGUUGCCCUCCCCAUUGAUGAUGAUGAUGACAAGAUCAUUGGGGGCUACACCUGUCCCAAGAAUGCCCUUCCCUACCAGGUGUCCCUGAAUGAUGGCUCCCACUUCUGUGGUGGCUCCCUCAUCACAGACCAGUGGGUCGUGUCUGCAGCUCACUGCUACCAGCGUCAAUUCCAAGUACAUCUCGGGGACCACAACAUUGAUGUCAUCGAGGGUGGUGAACAAUUCAUCAAUGUAGACAAGGCCAUUGUUCAUCCUGAAUUCACUUCUGUCUAUAAUCAUGACAUCAUGCUGAUUAAACUUAAGACACCUGCCACCAUCAACUCUCAAGUGUCCACAGUCUGUCUUCCAAAAUCCUGCCCAACUGCUGGUACUCAGUGCCUGGUUUCUGGCUGGGGCAACAUAGUGAGCUUUGGUGGCAUACACCCUGCCGUCCUUAAGUGCCUGGAUGCUCCUGUCCCGUCUGACACUGCCUGCCACAAUGCCUAUCCCGGCCGCAUCAGUAGCAAUGCAUUCUGCCUGGGCUUCCUGGAGGGUGGAAAGGACUCUUGUGAUGGUGACUGUGGUGGCCCUGUGGUCUGCAAUGGAGAGCUCCAGGGUGUGGUCUCCUGGGGCACUGGCUGUGCUCUGAACGGCAAACCUGGUGUCUACACCAAGGUGUGCAACUACCUGGACUGGAUUCAGGAAACCAUUGCUGCCAACUGA